GAGGCUGUUCAGCUGCGCUGGGGUGACCUGGAUCUGAGCUGGCAGGGGCGGAUGGGCAGCCAGCGCUGUUGGCUGCCUGCAUGGUCCCCCGCAUCUGAGCCCCUCACACCAUGGCCAUAGUGCAGACCCAGCCCGUCUCCAUCGAGCCCGCUUCUGAAGCGGCCACCCAGCUCUGCGCCGGCGCCCGCUCACCCGCCUCUGCCCGCGGCGCCAUGGGGAGCGUUAGCAGCCUCAUCUCCGGCCGUCCCUGCCACGAGCGGCCGUGCAAGGCUGCUCCCGGCCCCUUCCGGCAGCAGGACGGGCUGCUCCAGGCCGGCCCCCUCCAGAGCCUGCCCCCCGCCAAGCCCUGCUCCGGGCCAGUGCCCGGGGGCAGCGCCUACGCCAGCGAGGACUUCUGGGCUGAGGCUGUGUCCCCCGUCAGCCCCUGCAGCGACGCCGAGGAGCCGCGGGACGAUCGGGCUCGGAGCGGCAACAUCCAGGGGCCACCCCCGAGGCUGGUCCCUGUCUCUGGGCAGCUGGAGAAGAACGUUGAGAAGGCCCUGAUCCGCCCGACAGCUUUCAAGCCGGUCGUGCCCAGGGGCAGGAACUCCUUGCUGCCGGGCUCCGUGGUGCCGCGGACCGGGGCGUCGGCAGUCCCCGAGAGCCAGGCCAGCCUCGCCCAUGUGCUGGGUGGCACCGCCGCAACCAGCGCCGAGAAGCACCACUCCUUGAGCUGCCGUCACAGCGCCCACUCAGGCACCCUGUCGGACUCGGGGCGCAAUUCCCUCUCCAGCCUGCCCACCUACAGCACGGGCUGCAGCCAGCUGCCGGAGCCGGGCAGCAUCUCCAUGGGCCACCUCAGCCUGGACAGUCACGGCGGGUACCCGGAGCGGGGCUCCCGGGGCCUGGCUGGCCCCUCCAACUCGGACAGCGGGCGCUCCUCCUCCAGCAAGAGCACGGGGUCCCUCAGCGGGCGGGGCCCCCCCUCCGACGGUGGCUCCUGUGCCCGCUCGCCCGUUGAGGGUGACGAGGCUCUGCUCGUCCGCGAGCUGGAGGAGAAGCUGCGGGAGCGGGAGGCGGAGCUGCAGCACCUGCGCCAGAGCCUAGAUGAGAACGAGGUGGCCAUCUGCCAGGUGUACGAGGAGAAGCAGAAGCGCUGUGAGCAGGAGAUGGAAGAGCUGCGGCAGGGCUACGCCUCCCAGGUUAAGCAGGCGGCGCAGAAGGCCCACCGCACGCAGCAGGUGCUGCAGCUGCAGAUCUUCCAGCUGCAGCAGGAGAAGAAGAAGCUGCAGGAGGACUUUGCCCAGCUGCUGCAGGAGCGCGAGCUGCUGGAGAAGAGGUGCGCCUCCUUUGAGCGCGAGCAGACCGAGCUGGGGCCGCGGCUGGAGGAGACCAAGUGGGAGGUGUGCCAGAAGUCAGGCGAGAUCUCGCUGCUGAAGCAGCAGCUGAAGGAGUCGCAGGCGGAGCUGGCGCAGCGGGGCACCGAGAUGCUGCUGCUACGGGCCCAGCUGCGGGAGGUGCGGGCGGAGCGGCAGGCGGGCGAGGAGCAGGCGCUGGGGUUGCAGGAGGCGGCGCGCACCCGGGCGCUGGAGCUGGAGGUGUGCGAAAACGAGCUCCAGCGCCGGAAGAGCGAGGCCGAGCUGCUGCGGGAGAAGCUGGGUCAGCUGGAGCAGGAGGUGGCGGGGCUGGGGGUGUGGCGCUGACCGUCCAGCCUCGUCUGCCCUGAGAACCCGCCCGAUUCCAGCUCGCUGUGGGGCGUCGAGAGGCUGGCACUACGGCCUGCUGGCCGAGGGACGCUGCAGGGCCUGCGGGCCGAGCUGCUCCAGGAGCGCCGGCGUGGCCAGGAGCAGCGAGCUGCCUUCGAGGCCGAGCGGCUCACCUGGCAGGGCGAGAAGGACCAGGUGAUUGGCUACCAGAAGCAGCUGCAGCACAACUACAUCCAGAUGUACCGGCGCAACCGGGAGUUGGAGCACCACCUGCACCGGCUCAGCCUGGAGCUGCAGGCCCACCAGCUGGAUGAGUGCGGCCUGCACGGGGCCGAGAUCUGCUUCGAAGAGAUCACCGCCACUGAGAUCUGAGCCGGGGGAGUGCUGGCUGCCCCCCGAGCUAGAUGGGGGCUAGCUCACUGCUUGGGGGGCAGCUGGCAGCAGGGCCCAUGGCUGGUUAAUGGGGGAAGGGAGCUGGACCUCUGGCUGCUGUAGCCUGAGCACGGAAAGAGCCAAUUAACAGCUGAUCCCUUUAGCGCUCGGGAGGGGAUUAGUGGCACCUGCUUGCAGCUGGCUGGGGGGGUGCCAGGAUCAGCCCUCUGCGGUAUGGGCCUUGUCACCCUGCCUGCUGCGCCCAAGAGCCUCCAUCGAGCUGUGGCAAUGGGACUGGGCCCGGGGAGAGCGGGUCCCUCCGUGGCUGCCAGGCUGGCGCGAGCUCGAUGGCACAGCCCCACAGCAUGUCGCCUGCUGUCGGGGGGGCUCCCCCAGGGGUGGUCUGCUGUGAGAGCAGCGCCCUGGCCUGGCCAUGCUCGUGGGCUGCUCCCCUGGGGGGCCUGCAGGCUGGCAAUUUGCCCAGUCAAUGAAGGGUGCAGCCCAGGGCUUGGGAUCUCCACGUUUCCUCGCUUUGUGGGCCUACUGCCUGCAGAGGCUGUAUCAGCGGGCAGGGCACAAGCCGAGUGGGGGAUGCACCUUGCGCCUGGACUCACCCAGCACACGCUGCCCAGCGAGGAGUGAGCGGGCUGUGAGCAGGGCUGCUCUGCCUUCUGUAUGCAGUCCUCAUGCCCAGGAUCCAUGGCCUAUUGGGCUCAGUGUUCCCUGCGCCCAGCCCUCUGCUCUGGGGGAUCCCGCUUGGCAGGCUGCCCCUCUGCGAGCCGAACACCCGGCUUUGCAGGGUUUCCUUUCUGUGCCAUGCAAAUGGACUGCAUUUUUGUAGGCCCUACAGAAAGGGGUCUGGGCUCCCCGGUUGCAGGAGCAGUUCAUUAGCUGGUGUGAUCCUCUCCCCAUCCCUCGGCCGGGAGGUCAGUGUACCCCCCCUGCCCUGUGCCUCCUGUUCCCGUGUGUAAGCUCUGUCCCCACCCCUGCCCCCCCAGUGCCAGGGGUCUGCUGCACUGUUCUGCUAGCCAGCCCCAGCCUGGCUUUGCCAUUUGCUUCUGGCCCACCCUCGGCGUCUGACUGGCACGUGUCCCCUCCCCCCCGCAACCCUGCUGGGAGCACCUCUGCAUGGGGUGCUGCUCACUGCCCCCACCCAGCCCCCACCCCCUGUGGCGAGACAGGGGCAGCUGUGCUGGGGGUGGGAGCAGGGCUGCAUGAUGCCCAGCGGGCAGAGAGCCAGAGAUCAGCUGCCCCUUUCCCCCUGGCAUGUCCCAGGCUGCUCAGGGAAUGGCCCCAUGGGCGCUAUGGGGCCAGGCGCUGGACACCAGCUCCCCCGGGUCGGGGGGGGGGAUGCCCUAGCCCAUCC